UUAUAAAAAUAGUAGCUGUACACAAACACUCAUCACUGGUAACCUACAGUAAAAGGAUUGUUCAGUAUUAGUUCUAUACAGCAAGUCAAGACAAGAUGGAUUCCUGUUCUUAUUUUAAGCUGAUAGGAUUCUUCAUUCUUAUUAGCAUUGCUACUGCACAAGAAACACAAGAAGCAUGUUGUCUCCCUCGUGACUGUAAGGAAGCAUAUGAAAAUGGUAAAGUAUGCAGUGGAGUAUAUACUGUGAAACCUGAUGAACUACCAGCCUUUGAUGUCUAUUGUGAUAUGAGUAAUGGAGGUGGAUGGACUGUAUUUCAAAGGAGAAUGAAUGGUAAAACUGAUUUCUACCUCAACUGGGAUGACUAUCAGUAUGGAUUUGGAGACCUCGACAAAGAGUUUUGGCUGGGACUUUAUUACAUAAACCGACUCACUGCAGCACAAAGCAAUAACCUCCGUGUUGAGUUGGAAGAUUUUGAUGGGAAUAAGAAGUAUGCUACUUAUUCUACUUUUAAAGUAGGGAAUGCAGACACAGAGUACACACUCACUGUGUCUGGAUAUGGAGGCAAUGCUGGUGAUAGUCUGAGCUAUCAUAGCAGAAUGAAGUUUUCCACCAAAGAUCAAGACAAUGACGACUCCUCAGGAAACUGUGCAACAGCUUAUGAUGGAGCAUGGUGGUAUAAAAGCUGUCAUCUCUCAAACCUCAAUGGUCUCUAUUUGGUUGGGUCUCACUCCUCAUAUGCCAAUGGUGUCAAUUGA